AUGACUCCACACCCGGCCAAGACCAAGAGAUUUACAGAGAGGAUCUGUAACGGAGGAAAAAAAGAAAAAGAGAGAGAGAUUUGCGGGGAGAGGGCUGUAUUUAUAAGCCUGACAGGGGCUGGAAGGGGCCGUGCUAUGUUCCUAUUGGAGGAGCUGCAUGGGAGUAGGGUGGGGCCGAUGCCAUGUUAUAGUCCUAUUGGACGCAUUACAAAGCUGGCUAAGGAUUGGAGGCUUGCAGACCUUAGCUGGAUCUCCAAAAUACAAGUGAAUCAUCCAGCAGUUCUGAGGCGUGCAGAACAAAUCCAGGCUCGUAGAACUGUGAAGAAAGAGUGGCAGGCUGCUUGGCUCCUGAAAGCUGUUACCUUUAUAGAUCUUACUACACUUUCAGGUGAUGAUACAUCUUCCAACAUUCAAAGGCUCUGUUAUAAAGCUAAAUAUCCAAUCCGGGACGAUCUCUUAAAAGCUUUAAAUAUGCACGAUAAAGGCAUUACCACAGCUGCUGUGUGUGUUUAUCCCUCACGCGUGUGUGACGCUAUAAAGGCUCUCCGGGCUGCAGGCUGCAAUAUUCCUGUGGCAUCAGUGGCCACUGGCUUUCCCGCUGGACAGACUCAUUUAAAGACACGACUAGAAGAGAUCAGAUUGGCUGUGGAAGAUGGAGCUACGGAAAUUGACGUGGUCAUUAACAGGAGCUUGGUGCUGACGGGCCAGUGGGAAGCCCUGUAUGAUGAGAUUCGUCAGUUUCGCAAGGCCUGUGGGGAGGCUCAUCUCAAAACCAUAUUAGCAACAGGAGAACUUGGAUCUCUUACUAAUGUCUAUAAAGCCAGUAUGAUAGCCAUGAUGGCAGGAUCAGAUUUUAUUAAGACCUCUACUGGAAAAGAAACAGUAAAUGCCACCUUCCCGGUAGCCAUAGUAAUGCUACGGGCCAUUAGAGAUUUCUUCUGGAAAACUGGAAACAAGAUAGGCUUUAAGCCAGCAGGAGGCAUCCGCAGUGCGAAGGAUUCCCUUGCGUGGCUCUCUCUUGUAAAGGAGGAGCUUGGUGAUGAGUGGCUGAAGCCAGAACUUUUUCGAAUAGGUGCCAGCACUCUGCUUUCAGACAUUGAGAGGCAGAUUUACCAUCACGUGACUGGAAGAUAUGCUGCUUAUCAUGACCUUCCAAUGUCUUAAAUUAGCUAUCAGUUCCUGAAAAGUUACUUACAACAACGUUUACAAGUUAUUUUUCUACAUAAUUGCUAACAUUAUUUACUUUAAAAAUAGGGAAAUAAGUAACUGGCAUUUUCUCCUGAAAAUUUCCAGUGAACUUAAAGAAUGAAAGAACAAACUAAUCCACAUGUGGUACUCAUUCAGGCACAUCUGAAAUAGUCUUAAUUACUAGAAGAUCUGCACUAUUAAUUUUGUGAAGGUUUUCUCCUAAAAACUGAGUAAAAUGUUAAUGGUAGUUUUGACAACAUCAAGUGCUAAGGAAGAAAAAAUGUUAAACUGCCCAAGCAGUGUGCCUUACCAAAAGAAAAUGCAACAUCCCUGAGCUGCUGCUGUGACUACUUCAGGAACCACUGAUUCAGCACUAAUUUCCCGCCAUGAAAAUUCAUCUUUCAGUUUUGUAAUAGAUACGCUUUUUCACUAAUUGUUUUGCUAAUGAAAUUUCUGGCAUUGUAAUACUUAACUAUGAAUAUCAUUAAAUGUUUU